AUGUCCAUCCCCCUCCCACCACCACAACCAGCCAACCAAUCCAACAUAAACCGCCACCACCUCAAUCCCCUCCCCCCCUCCGUCUUCACCCUCCCGCAAACGGCGCAACUCGAAGCACUGUACACCAUCAUCCGCGAUAAAGAAACUAAACGCGGGGACUUUUUGUUUUAUUCUGAUAGGAUUAUCAGGCUGUUGGUUGAGGAGGGGUUGAACCAUUUGCCGGUUGUGAAGAGGACUGUGGAGACGCCUACGGGCACUACGUACGAUGGGGUUGGCUUCGAAGGAAAGAUAUGCGGUGUGUCCAUCUUACGUGCUGGAGAGGCAAUGGAAGCGGGACUCCGCGAAGUAUGCAGGAGCGUUCGGAUCGGUAAAAUCUUGAUUCAACGGGACGAAGAAACAGCCCUCCCAAAAUUAUUCUACUCCAAGUUCCCACAAGACAUCGCAACGCGCUACGUCCUCCUCCUCGAUCCCAUGCUAGCGACAGGCGGCUCAGCCAUGAAAGCCGUCGAAGUGCUCAUCGAACAUGGCGUUCCCGAGGAACGCAUCAUCUUCAUCAAUCUGAUCGCUUCUCCGGAAGGCCUGACGACAUUUUGUACUCGAUAUCCGUCUCUUAGAGUGAUCACGGGUUGGAUCGAUCAAGGCUUGAAUGAUAAAGCGUACAUCAUUCCUGGCUUGGGCGACUUUGGUGAGAGGAGGUGA